CUAGAGCCGUGGGUGGCGGUGACGUAAGGACGGCGUGUGGUGGCCAUGGGGAAGAAGGUGAAGACGGGCAAGGCCCGGCGCGACAAGUUCUACCACCUGGCCAAGGAGACCGGUUACAGAUCCCGGUCGGCCUUCAAACUCAUUCAGCUGAACCGGAAGUUCCAGUUCCUGCAGAGAGCGCGGGCUCUCAUCGACCUCUGCGCAGCUCCCGGAGGCUGGCUACAAGUGGCUUCUAAGUUUAUGCCGGUGUCGAGUCUGAUUAUUGGUGUUGAUCUUGUCCCGAUUAAACCCAUUCCCAGCGUUGUUACACUACAGGAGGACAUCACUACUGAGAAAUGCCGACAGGCUCUGAGGAAGGAGCUCCAGACGUGGAAGGUGGACGUCGUCCUGAACGACGGGGCCCCCAACGUCGGUGCCAACUGGCUCCACGACGCCUUCUCCCAAGCCCAGCUGACUCUGAUGGCCCUGAAGCUGGCCUCCGAGUUCCUGGCCCGGGGCGGCUGGUUUAUCACCAAGGUGUUCCGCUCCAGGGACUACCAGCCUCUGCUCUGGGUCCUCCGCCAGCUCUUCCGCAGCGUGCACUCCACCAAGCCCCAGGCGUCCCGGCACGAGUCGGCCGAGAUCUUCGUCGUCUGCCAGGGAUACACGGCCCCCGACAAGAUCGACAGCAAGUUUUUCGAUCCCAAGCACGCCUUCAAGGACGUGGAAGUACAGGCCAAGAGCGUCCGUGACCUGGUCUCCAGCAAAAAACCCAAGGCCGAGGGUUAUUCAGAGGGGGAUUACACCCUGUACCACCAUUUCACCCUGACAGAGUUCCUCAGGGCCCAGAAUCCCGUCGACUUCCUGGACAAGGCCAGCGAGAUCACGUUCGACAAUCCGGAGCUGGAGAACCACCCGGACACCACGCCGGAGAUCCGGGAGUGUUGCAGAGAUAUUCGGGUCCUGGGGCGCAAGGAGCUGAGGUCCCUGCUGAACUGGAGGAGAGGCCUGCGGAGGUUCCUGGCCAGGCAGCUACGGGGCCGGGCGAAGGAGUUGGAUCUGACGCUGGACUCGUGCGAGGAGAGCGGAGGAGAGGCGGAGAAGGAGGCGCGAGGGCCGGAGCCCGAGGAGGAGGAGCAGCUGGAACAGCAGCUGGCUGACCUGAAGGCCGAGGAGCUGGCAGUCCUGAAGAGGAAGAAGCGGAAGGUGCUGAGGGACCUGCGUCGAAAGAGGGAGCGCGCGGAGAUGAAGAUGGACCUGCCCGGGGAGUCAGUGGCCGACGGCGGGGACGUCUGCCUCUUCUCCCUGAAGCCCAUCGGGGGCGCCAAGCUGAAGGAGCUGGCGCGAGGGGACAUGGCGGCAGCUGACGAGAUGCUGGCGGAGGGCGGCCUCCAUGCUGACCCCGACCUCGAGGGCCUCCCCCCGCCCGAGGAGGAGGAUGAGCAGCUGGCGCCCGACGACGUCUCGCUGGCCAGCGGGCUGAGCGAGUCGGAGCUGGAGGAGGUGGAGGAGAGGCAGAGGGAGCUGGAGGGGCGGCGGGCGGCCUCCCUCGGCAGGCGGAAGAGGCCCAGGCGGGAGGAUCCAGCGCCCGCGCCGGAGGGAGACGGAAACCCCCUGGUGGUCCACCUGGAGACCCCCGACCAGCGACGGGAGCAGCAGACGGACCAGUGGUUCUCCAAGGACGUCUUCGCCGGCCUGGAGACCGAGGGGGACGAGCAGCUGGAGAUCCAGCAGACGGCACACCUCUGCCGGAGGCAGACUGAGGAAAAUCAGCCGUCGGAACUGGAGACGGAGAGGGAACUGGAGCAGAAGGGACAGCAGCCGGGCCCACGACAGGGGGAGGCAGUGGACGUGAAGGAGGAUUCCGAGGAUGAAACAUCAAGUGACGAGAGUGACAUCCAGCAGAUGAAGAACGCUGUGGGACCAAACCGGAGAGCCCCGGCUGACGAAGAUGACGAGUUUGAGGUGGUUCCAGUGAAGAAGUGUGAUCGAGUCCUGGACCCCGAAGGCCUGGCCCUGGGGACAGCCAUCGCAACGUCACGGAAAAGGGCCCGAGACCUGGUGGACGAUUCCUUCAACAGGUACGCCUUCGAGGACCCCGAGGGGACCCUGCCCGACUGGUUCGUGGACAACGAGCACAGGUACCGCCAGCGGCCGGCGCCCUUCGACCCCGCCAUGGCCGCCGAGUUCCGCCGGCGCUGGGCCGAGAUCAACGCCCGGCCCAUCAAGAAGGUCGCCGAGGCCAAGGCCCGAAAGAAACGCCGGUUCCUGAAGAAGAUGGAGCAGCUGAAGAGGAAAGCUGAGGCCGUGGUAAACACCGUCGACAUUUCAGAGCGGGAGAAGAUGGCCCAGAUGAGAAGCAUCUACAAGAAGGCUGGGCUGGGCCGAGAGAAGCGUGAGGUCACCUACGUCGUGUCCAAGAAGGGGGCUGCCCGGCGUUCGGGGCGGCCCGCGGGGGUGAAGGGCAAGUAUCGGAUGGUGGACCCUCGCAUGAAGAAGGACAGCCGGCCCGGGGGCAAGGAGGCAGGGGGCAAGAGGAAGGGGCGGAAGUAGAGGGCAUAACCCCCCCCUCCACCGGCUUCACCCCCCCCAUCCCCAUCUCCCCUUCUUUCACGUGUACAGAGAUGUCUCCUUUGCAAAUAAACCCGCGCUGUGCUGGUCACACGGUGCG